UCAAUGGGCGCGAUCCGCUGCCGACUAACUGACUUCGGUGGGGGAAAGAAAGGUGUGGAAACCAGUGGAGGGUUCUGCGUUGUGCCUGUUUAGGAAGGGGGUGGAUCAUUUCCAGGGAUUGGACCGGGGUAGCCUGGAAGACGUGAUCGGUGCUGCGCGCUCACGUGUCCUUGUUUCCAGCUCGAAGGAGGAGCCGGUGUCCACCCGUUUAGCGGCGAGGUGUGGGACCAAGCAGGAAUGUGCGAGAGCCGUUGCAGGAGGAUGGCGGACAAGGGCAAGCGGCCCGUCCUGUUCACACACAUCCAGACCUCUUUCAAGACGGACUCUUUCUACAACAACUACACGGUGGCACAGAGGGAACUGGGCAGAGGCAAGUUUGCUGUUGUUAGAAAAUGCAUAGAAAUGGCUACUGGGAAAGAAUAUGCAGCUAAGUUUAUGAAGAAGAGACGGCGGGGACUGGAAUGUAAAGCUGAUAUCAUACAUGAAAUUGCUGUACUUGAAAUGGCAAAAUCAAAUCCACGUGUGGUAGACCUGUAUGAGGUGUAUGAAACUACACACGAAAUUAUUCUCAUCUUAGAAUAUGCUGCUGGAGGAGAAGUCUUUAAUCUGUGUGUGGCUGAUCGUGAUGAAGCCCUCUCAGAAAGGGAUGUAAUCAGACUUCUUCGACAGACACUUGAAGGAGUAGUUUUUCUACACCAAAACAAUAUUGUACACCUAGAUUUAAAGCCGCAGAAUAUUUUACUAACCAGCUCAUCACCAUUGGGUGAUAUAAAGAUUGUUGAUUUUGGCUUGUCCAGGAGAGUUGACAAUGUUGGUGAAUUAAGAGAAAUCACUGGAACACCUGAGUACAUUGCUCCUGAAAUCUUGAACUAUGAUCCAAUUUCCCCAGAAACAGACAUGUGGAGCAUUGGCGUAUUGGUGUACAUGCUGCUGACAGGAAAGUCUCCAUUUCAGGGUGAAGAUAAGCAAGAGACUUUUCUCAAUAUCUCGCAAGUUAAUGUUGAUUAUUCAGAGGAAACAUUUGAAGGUGUCUCUCAGACUGCUGUUGAACUUAUUCAGCAACUUCUAGUUAAAAAGCCUGAGGACCGAUUAAAUGCAGAAGCAUGUCUUUUUCAUCCAUGGCUGCAAACAGAAAAACUGACGGGUAACCCUGUACCUGAAAUCAUGUUGUGUUCUCCACAGUCGGAAGAGUACAUUAAGCCCUUAGAGGAAAAUUCCACACGAGCUCUCACAUUUGGCCUCUGCAGACAUUUGGAUGAAGAAAAUGGCCCUGAAGAAUCGGCUAUUGAACCCAAACGAUUUCGAUAUGAUGAUUCGUACAGAAGUUGUCAUGAGGUCACAGGGGAAUGGGUGUUUUAAAAUUGGAGUAUGUUGGUUGCAAGAGAACAGCACUUUGGGAAAUCUUCCCCUUCUAUUGGGCUCAAUCACUUUUUAAAAAUUGUUUUCUUGGUAAACGUAAGCCGUGACUCAGUGGAGCGCUGAUGUGUUAGCACUUUCAAACUUUUAAAAAAGUUGCGUGAAAGCACAUCAACCUUUUUUGCACUUAUCUCAAUAAGAAAUACUCUUAAAUGUUUAGAAUUAUGGUUUGUUUUAAGAUAAUGAGCAAAAUGAAAUAUCAACUUUGUACCCAGGAAUCAAUCUCCUUUUUAGGCAGCUAGCAUCUACUGGAGACUCGUAACUAGGAUCAGUAAUUAUACUCCACAAUUUUUUAUGUAAGUUAUUCAUGUUGCAACAGCUCCAAAGGUUAAUUUUGAUUGUAACUAUCUGAACACCUGGAUGGUUUGUUAUAUGCAGGUUGUUCAAACUUGCUUGAAUGCAAUGUUGCAAUUUAAUUACAGGUUGAUAAAUUUUCUUCCAAGCAAUCAAAUUUGCAUACAAUACAAAGAUUCCCUGUAAUGAAACUUGCUUUCUGUUGCAUGCUUUUUUAAAAAAAGCUUGCAUCCUUUUUAACUAUUGUACCAGCAUUUAUUGGUUAUUAGUUUGGCAAAGAUGUAGGUUUUUUUCAGUUUUUAGCAUAGAUGUAUUCAAAUCUCAAAACAAAUAAACUGAACAAACCACUACAAAUUCAUAACUGCUUCCAUGUAUCAUGCUAGGGUUUUUUCCUACUGUGACCGUCUUUAUGGCUUGUAUUAUAAUAGCCAAUAGCAAAAAGAUUUAUGGGCUGCCAAAACCAAGAUGGAAAACCCUAGCUUGUAAUUAUUGAAAUUUUAAAUUUGAUGCAAAUGAGCUAAUUAUCAGAUUUCAAAAGGAAAUCCUGAAAUUCAUUGGAGAUUUAACUGUGUUCCUGAUUAUUUGCGUAUUAUAUUUGAAGAACUGGUGGAACUUUUGAAUUUGGAGCAUUUAUUAUGCACUUUUUCUAUUGCAUACAUAUCAGUUGCCUUAUUUUAGACAAGUUAAGGCAAUCGUUUUUAGUCUUUGACAUGGAAGUGGGAAUAUGUUGUCUGCAUCUAAAAUAUUUUAACUUCACGGAGAUUAAAUUAUUUUAUGCUUUUAGAUAUCUAGUCAACCAUAAUUAUGCAGGGAGCCUGAAUCUUAAGCUUUACAUGUAGCAGGCCCUAGAUCAUAGCUAUUAUUGAAGCCAUGUUAAUUUUAGCUCAAUGAAGAUGAUAUUUGUGAAAAUUUUAAACUAAGGUAACUUAUCUAAUUUCGAAACAUUCACAUUAAUGUUUUGUAAUUUCAAAAUUAAAUCUGAAAUAUAGCUUUCCAUAUUUGGAAAUAUUUAUUUUUGACAUUGUGUAAAUUAUAACUUUGAAGUUCUCAGGAAACAUUCAGUUUGUUUCAUUCAAGCUCAAACUGAGGUCUUCGUAAUUUUGAAGCAAAUGUUUAUAUGCGAAUAAACUUUAAUUAUUGGACAAACUUUCAUUUUAAAACUAUUUCCAAAGUUAAGUGCUGUCUGCCUUUUGACUCUUUGCUUAAGCCUUUUUAAAACACACAACAUUGCAUUUAAGGUAAAAUAUAUUGUUUUGUCCUUGUAUAAGUCUGGUCAAGCUUCACUUAGAAUC